CUCUCUCUCUCUCUCUCUCUCUCUCUCUGUUUCCAUUCUGCUGUUCCUACCUCCUUCCUCCCAAGAAGGAGACCCACUCCCUAUAUAAAUCCAAACCCCUCAAAACCUCUUAAACCCUAAACCCAAACAUCUCCUCCUCGCACCACUUCCGGAGAGCAACUUAAAAGAUGCAAACGAAGAGAAUGCCUUCAGAAACGGGAGAAGGACGCCGGCGGCCGGCGGAGGGGCCGGCAGAGGAAGAGGCGGCUGCGGAGCGGGGGAGGGAGCGGUGCCCCCGGUGCAACUCCCGGGACACCAAGUUCUGUUAUUACAACAACUACAACACGUCCCAGCCCCGUCACUUCUGCCGUUCCUGCCGCCGCUACUGGACCCUCGGCGGUUCACUCCGCAACGUCCCCAUCGGCGGCUCCUCCCGCAAGCGCCUCCGCCCCUCCCCUGCCUCCGCCGCCGCCACCGCCACCGUCCAUUCCCUUCGCCCUCUCCCGUCUCUCUCCUCGCAAGCUCCUUCCUUGGACCUCCCCUCCACCACCUCGCCCCCUUCCGCCUUCGGCUCGCUCCUCCCGGGCCCGGUCUCGGCCGGGUUCUUGGCGCUCGGCGAGCCGUUCCUCGAUCGCCGGACCGGGUUCGAGCUCGGGCUCGGGCUGGGGCUCAGAUCUGGACCUGCGGCGUCGCCGUCCAUCGAGGAGCUGGGCUUCGGGCUGGGGACCACGCUGCUGUGGCCCACCGCGCUACUGGACGAGGAGGGGGUCAUCGGCGGCGGGGACACGUGGAGGGUGGGGGGUGGUGGAACGGACUGCUUUGGUGCUCCAGGACCGGCUGCCGUUUGGCCGGAUCUCGCCAUUGCAGCGGCGCCCGCCGAGGGGAGCGGUGGAGCUGGAGGGGAGUUGCGGUAGAGUGGCAUCAUCGUGAAUAUUUGGGAUUUUGGGGGGGGUCUUUCCGGUUUUGUUGUGUCCGUUUCGGGUGGCCCACGUUUGUGUCUGGUCGUAGCCUCAGGUGUACUGAAACGUUGGAAGCCCAGUUCCUCUGUUAUUUUUGUAAUCAUAUUCCUUGUAAGUUAACCUUUUCUUCUGGGAAAAAAAAAAGAGAAAAAAUGGG